AUGGAAUUGUAUGAAAAUAAAUCAUCAAAACAUAAUGAUAGCAUUACAUAUUGCUUAGAUAGUAUUUUCACUAAUGAUCAGGUGGAUUAUCGUUUAUACGGUAAUUUACCCAUUUCAACAUUUGGUAUUCUUAUUAAUCUAAUUAAUAUAAUUAUCUUUUCGCAUGCUGAUAUGCGACGAAGUUUGGUAAAUUUAUUUCUGCUUGCUAUUAGCAUUUCUGAUUUAUUAUUGCUUAUUUUCAAUUUUUUCUUCCUUCUAUUCCCAUUAAUUGCAUUAUUUUCCAAUUCUUUCAUAUUAUACGAUACUUAUCCUUUGAUACUCAGGUAUAGUUAUCCAUUAGCAAGGAUAGCACAAACAUGCGGUGUCUAUUUGACCUUAUCUGUAUCAGUACAUCGUUAUCUUGGUGUUUGCCAUCCAUUUCAAGCAAAACGAUGGAUUACAGGGAAACCUGUAAAAUAUGCUAUUUUUGGUUCUGUCAUAUUUUCAUUUGUAAUCAAUGCGACAACAUGGCUUGAACUUACUGUUGUUCAAUGUUACAGCAAUGAAUAUCAUCGAUUUUCAAGGCAUAUUCAAUUAACUGAAUUACAAAUGGAUUAUACAUAUGGAAUUGUUAUGAAAGUAAUUACUUAUACAUUGGUUAUGUUUAUUUUCCCAUUUCUUAUCCUAAUUAUUGUCAAUACACGAAUUAUUGUUGCUCUUAAACAUAGCACAAAUAUGAGAGCAUUAAAUGCUAGUGGUAAAUCACUUUUACCCAAAACAAUUACCAGCCCGAGAAAUAAUCAAAAUAAGAUGGCAAUAAUAUUAAAUUCAUCAUCAACAACAACAGGUUCACAAUUCUCUUCAACAAAUACCAAUAGUUUGCGCCCAAUUGUAACAAGAGCGCCUAAAUCAAUAUCGAAUUUACAAUCAGCAGCUCGUGACAGUUCGGUGACAAUGAUGCUUCUGGCAAUUGUUGCUAUGUUUCUUACCUGUAAUGGUUUAGCAUUUUGCAACAACAUUAUCGAAAUCUUAAUAUUUGUGGAUAAAAUUGAUAAUAGCGAAAAUGAGAGCGCAUUUGAGAAAAGUGUUGAAAUUGCGAAUAUUUUAGUCUCAUUGAAUUCAUCAACAUCAAUUUUCAUCUACCUCAUCUUCAGUUCAAAAUAUCGUACUAUUGUAAAGGAAUAUCUUGGCUUACAAAAUGUUGAUAAGGCUUAUAGUGGUACAUUAUCAGCAGCAACAAUUACAGUACGACAUACAUUUGAUUAUCCAUUCCUUAUGCAUGAUAGAAUAUCAUCUCGAGGAUAUUUAUCAAAAUCAACAAAAUCUCGUCUAUCUACCACAUUACGUUUUCCAAUUUCAUCAAAACACAUUUGA